AUGAAAAACCAUACAGCAGUAACAACAUUUAUUAUACUGGGAUUGACAAAUGACCCACAACUAAAGAUUUUGGUUUUUAUCUUUCUGUUUAUCACAUAUAUAUUAAGUGUAAUUGGGAAUCUAACCAUAAUUUCUCUCAUCUUGAUGGAUUCUCAUUUAAAAACAGCUAUGUAUUUUUUUCUUCAAAAUUUCUCCUUCUUAGAAAUCUCACUCACAACUACCUGUGUACCCCUAUACCUAUAUAUUAUAUCAACUGGGGAUAAAAGCAUCACCAUUAAAGCCUGCUUCAGCCAAAUAUUUUUUGCUGUCCUCUUUGGAGCUACAGAAUUUUUUCUCUUGGCUGUGAUGUCCUAUGACCGCUAUGUGGCCAUCUGCAAACUGCUGCAUUACCUGACCAUCAUGAACAGCAGAGUCUGCAGGAAUCUUGUCCUCUGUUGUUGGGUCUCUGGAUUAUUGAUUAUCCUUCCCCCUCUUGGAUUGAGCCUCCAUCUGGAAUUUUGUGACUCUGUUAUUGACCAUUUUUACUGCGAUGCUUCCCCAAUACUAAAGAAUUCCUGUUCAGAUACAUGGUUCAUAGAGCAGCUAGUUAUAUUCUGUGCUGUGUUGACUUUCAUAAUGACUCUUGUUUGUGUAGUUUUGUCCUACAUAUACAUUAUUAAGAUGAUUCUAAGAUUACCCUCUGCCCAGCAAAGAAAAAAAGCCUUUUCCACCUGUUCUUCCCACAUGAUUGUGGUUUCCAUCACCUAUGGCAGCUGCAUCUUUAUAUAUAUCAAACCUUCAGCAAAGGAUGAAGUGAGCAUUAAUAAGGCAGUUUUUCUGCUCACUAUAUCUGUUGCCCCUUUGUUGAACCCCUUUAUUUAUACUCUGAGAAAUAAACAAGUAAAGCAGUCUUUUCAUGACACCCUCAAAAGACUUGCAUUUCUUUCAAGAAAAUAUUAG